UCCUUAUGGGUCUAAAUGAUAAUUUUGCUAACAUCCGAGGACAGAUAUUAAACAUGAAGCCGAGACCGGGGUUAACAGCAAUUUAUAAUAUGCUUGAUCAAGAUGAAAGUCAGAGGAAUAUUGGUGGAUCUCCUACUUCCAUUGUCUCCAAUCCUACUGCUUUCCAAGUUCAAACAUCUGCUAAUCCAGAUCAGUCUCAUGCUCUUCUCAGUCACGGAGGUCCACAGAAACCUAAGUGUUCUCAUUGUCAUAAAACAGGGCAUACUGCAGACAAAUGUUAUAAGCUUCAUGGUUAUCCUCCGGGAUCUGGUCCGAAAUGGAAGAAGUCUCAAACUGUUGGUGCUGCUAAUCUUACUACUUCUGAACAAGAUAUAGAGACCAAUACUCAAGAUGAGCUCUCCAAUGAUCAGAUACAGACUAUGAUUUCGUAUCUCAGCUCCAAACUUCAUUCGUCAUCUGUUGAAGGUAUAUCUAACAAACCUUGUGCUUCGACUUCCACUUCCGCACCUGUUGUCUCUCAGAUUUCAGGAACUUACACAGGAAUUGAUGAUUGGUCAAGGUAGUCAAGUUGGGA